GAGAUCAUACACCAGCAAAGAACAAGCGGACAUCCAGCAUUAAAACAUUAAAGCUCAUCAGCUCAUCAGUCUUCUGUAGACACUCAACACGACAGAAUGGACCUUGGUUUGGUGCAGCUCUGCCUCCUCCUUCUGUCAGCGUGCGGCUUCAGCUCUGUGCUCAGCUGCAGAUGGAUAAAACACAAGUUUCAGCACCACCAUGGAGUCUCUUUGGAUCUGAUCAGAAAGAUGGGUGAGAAAAUCCAUAAUGACCAUGAGGAUGUCAACCCUAUCCCAUAUGAACUGAUCAAUAACCACAGAAGAGCAGAGCCUGAGAAACAGAUCCUGUUCGUCAUUCAGGCUCUGAUGGAGAUCACUGUCCUCUUUGACGAUGUCGUCGUCCCCUGGGAUGCUAAAAAACGGGAAGAUUUCUUAAAUGUCAUGCAUGAGGAGAUUGAUGGACUGCGCUCAUGUGGUGCUUACAAAAUGAAGAGGAACAAAAAGCUGCAUCUGUAUUUUGGAAGACUGAGACAAAUGACAGAACUGAACACGGAGGGUAGAGAUCAAAGCUGGGAGAUCGUCAGAAAACGGAUCAUAAGUUUCAUGAACCAGCUGGAGUUCUUCUCUCUCAACACUCAUGUUUAA